AAGCCCUCUCGUUUAUUCUCUCCUGCCACAGCAAACAUGGCAGCGCUCUUGAGAUCAGCCCGCUUACUGAAGUUUACCCCUUCUGCCUUGCUUCAAAUCACAGGCACCAUCAGAACCGGGCCGCCGCUAAGUCGUCUGUACAGCGGUGCUCUCGGCGUGAGCAGGACGGGAGUUUUGAGCCGGCAGAGUCGCCCCGGCGUGGAAAGCAGCGGCAGUCUUGCCGGGCGGCACGCAGCACUUUGUGUGCGCAGCUACUCUGUCGCCACGGAGAAUAAGGACGAAGUCAGCAAUGCGGUCCUGUCCAGGCAAGCACAACACUUCGACUGGGCCUUGGCCAAGCUGGACACCUCCGUGAGAAGGACUGGUCGUAUCACCAAGACCAUGCUGCUGCGCAUUUUCCACGACAUCUGCAGGGCAGGUUACCCAAGUAGUAACCAGGCUUUGUUGCUGCUGCGAAGCUGCGGCACCCUGCUCCCAGAGAUGGGCCUGCAGGAGCGCACAGAGCUGGCUCACCGCAUCUGGGAAAGGCUGCAGGAACUUGGUGCACAUUAUGAUGUGAGUCACUACAACGCCUUGCUGAAAGUGUACCUGCAGAAUGAGUUCAGGUUCUCGCCUAUGGGCUUCCUAGACAAGAUGGAGGUCGCCAAGGUCCAGCCAAAUCGAGUUACCUACCAAAGGCUCAUUGCUGCCUACUGUCAAACUGGAGACAUACAAGGCGCCAGCGCCAUUCUGGGUUUCAUGAAAAGCAAAGACCUCCCCAUCACUGAAGCCGUUUUUAACGGUCUGGUAACAGGCCACGCCCGCUCAGGCGACCUAGAGAGUGCAAAGAACAUCCUGUCGGUCAUGCAGGGAGCUGGAAUUGACCCCGGUCCUGACACUUAUGUAUCACUGAUGAAUGGGUACAUUGAGAAGGGGGACUUGGACAGUCUAAAGAAGACUCUUGAAGAAGCGGAGAGUGCCAACAUCCGUCUGGUGGACCGAGACAUCAUGCAGCUGAUCUUCACGCUGGCCAAAGCUGGACAUCAGCAGCAUGUCCCUGAAAUGAUGGAGCACUUGAGGCAGGACAGGAACUACAUUCCAGAUGCGAUGAACUUGUGUCUGAGCCUCAUCACGCAAGGUCUUGACGAAACGGCCUUUGCCAUCCUGAAAACCUUUUCCACGACGAGUAUGUACUCCAACAGUGAAUCGGAAAACCUGGGAACCUUCUUCUUGAGGCACUGCAUCAAUAUGGACACGCCUCUGGAGAAGAUCAGGCACUACUGCAAAGAGCUGCAGGACUCUAAUAGGCACACAAGCCCCCUCAGCUUCACCCUUAUGUGUGCUCUGGAGGCCGAGAAGAUAGAUGUGUCUCUUGCGCUGAUGAAGAUGAUGCAGGAACAGAAUUACCCCAUCAGACCUCACUACUUCUGGCCCCUGCUGUCUCAGCUUGCCAAGGACAACAACACAACUGGUGCAGUCAAGGUGAUGAAAGGCAUGCAGGAGCUAGGGAUGAACCCUGACGUCGAGACUAUUACCAACUACUUCUACCCGGUCUUCCUCACCACUGAGGCAGCUCGACAGGCCUUAAAGGAUGAAGGCAUCAAUGUGCCAGUGGACGGCCUCCUGACUUCGAAUAUUCGCUUUUUGGCUUCAAACAACUUGACUGAACUCUACGCCUUGUUGUCUGACCCUUCCCACCCCGCAGUGGACAUGGGGAGUUUCCGCAGCAAGCUCAUAAAUGGCUUCAGAAAGUUUGAUGACAUCCAAUGCAUGGUCAAGCUCACCAAGCUCAUUUACAAUGACGAACGCUACACCAAACUUGACAGAACCAAUGCUGAAACGGUCGCUUUCUUCCUUUACAAUCUGAUCGACAACAUGGAAGAGAACAAGGUGCAAGAGCAGGAAGACAAACUUAGGGAUUACUUCAAACAACUGAAGGCUGCGAACAUCGUCAUUCCAGUGAAAAUCUACAGAGGCAUCAGAAAUAUCCUGGAUCCGUACAACGUUCCGAAUCUCAUCAAGGAUGUUUACAAAUUGGUGGACCCGGAGGACCUGUCGUCCAACAGAUAUUUGUCAGCGACCCCCCCUGUGACCGAUCUCGAGCUGAAGUCGCUUAACAGGCUAGCAGAGCUUAAAGCGAGAAACAAACCUUUGAGCACAUCACUCAAGCAAACCUUCCUGGCCCUCUCGUCCGAGGAGCACAUGCAGCGUGCCCUGGAGCUGAAGCAGCAAUACCAAGAACACAUGACAAGUGGGGCCUACGCCAUCCUCAUUGCCCUUUGUUGCCGCUGCAACAAUUUGGACGAGGCGAUGAGCUUGAAGAGGGAAAUGAGUCUCAAAGUCUCAUCAGCGGUGCUGGAUGCGGCCAAAUACAUCUCACUUGUCAAGCUCCUAGCCAAGAAUGACCGAUUGGACGAGGCCGUGGACAUCCUGAAGGAGAUGAAGGAAAAUGACGUGGUCCUGAACGACUACCAUCUGAAUUUGCUCUUCCACACCCUCACCUCAGUCGUUUCCAAUGGCGGUGGCGCUAACGCUGUCCGACGCCUCCAAGACACCAUCUUUACCCUCGGACUGGCCAAGCCCACCAGCAAUCUUUGCUCACCCCUGAUCGGUGUCUACUUGGACAGUAAUGACCUCCCCGGAGCUGUGGAAGCAAUGUUGGAGUGUCAGAAGCGCUACAAACAACUUCCUCGCAUCCACGACAUCAUCGUUUGCCUGAUGGAGAAGGGGGACACGGAGCUUCUGCAGAAAGCCAUGGAUGUCGUGAGCCAAGAACGAGGAGAGAUGGCAAUGCUUUACUACCUGCUCUGUGCCUUCUUGCAGACUGGCCGCUACCCUGAGGCUCGUAAGAUUAUUGAGACCCCUGGAAUGAGGGCGAAGCCAGCCCGCCUGCAGUGGUUUGCAGAAAAGUGCGUUUCGGCCCAGCAGAUGGAGCCCUUGGAGCAGAUGGUGGACAUGUCCUCUCAGUUGUUUGACUGUGACCGUGACGAAAUGUACAGUUACAUCCUGCGUCUCUGCAAGGAUACCAAUGACUGGCAGAAGGCGGAGGCCGUGUGGACAAAGAUGCAGGAAGAGAACAUUGUUCCCCGGGAGAGGACGCUUCACCUGCUGGCCGAAAUCCUGAAGAAAAACGGUCAGAAAGUGCCCUUCGAAGUGCCUGAGACUUUUUUACAGUAUGAGCAAGAGGCCAAUGACAAAAAAGCAGCACCCUCCCUCAAAGAUGCUAAAACCGAUUACCAACUGCGAAUGGUCAGCCUGUGCAAGAAGGGAAAACCCAAAGAGGCCUUUGCGAUGCUGAAGGAAUCGGACAAAAAGGGUUUUAUUCUGGACUUCUACUGCUACGAUUUCGUUAUUCGUGCUCUGCUGGCCAAAGGAUCCAUGGAGGACGCAAUGGUGGUCAGAGACAUUGCCGUGUCUCAUGCGCCAAUCUUCCAGCUGAGUGACAUUGCCAACAGUUUGAUCGUCGUCACACUCAGCAAGAGAGGCCAGGCGAAAGACGCUUUGGAUACCCUGAAGUCCAUGCUAGAGAAGGACCAAGUGCCCUUACAGCUGGCCAUCAGCAGACUGCUCCAUAGCCUCGGCAACCUAGGCGACGUGGAGGGAAUUAAGGAAGUGAGCUCGCUGAUGGAACAGCUCGGCACAAGCCUCAACCUGUCCAGCAUGGUGUUUACCAAAAAUAUGGCCCUGGCUCACGUCAAGAAUGAUGAUUUGGAGUCAGCUGUCGAAGUGCUUGAAGAAGUUUACACCAGACCAGACCACAAAAACCCCAGCCUGUCCCAUGUGUUCAAGCAGAUUUUGAUGGAAGAAAAUGACAAAGCCCUCGAUAAGUUGAGCGCCAUGGCCGAGCGGCUAGCCAACCACUUCGCCUGUUACAGACCGGCUACUGAUUUGUUCAUACAACUCCUGGAGAUGGACAAAGUAGAAGAGGCCAAGUUCAUGCUGGCUAGAAUUAACGCCAUAGCCGAGCAAAAAGAAGUACUGAAGUCAUACUUUGCGUGGAUGGCACAGAAGCCAGGAAAGGCGGGAAAAAUCAAUACCUUGCUGAGCCUGAUCCCCGACUUUCUUGAGAAAGAAGAGUUGUUCUCGUACUUGAUCAAAUCUUACGUUUUUAGCAACGACUUGGCGUCGGCCAAAAAGCUUUACGAGAGCAUGCAGGAGGAGGGCUUGGUUGUAGACGAGCUGUCACUCAAACGCCUGGCCACGUUGUACCACAGAGCGGGAGAGACUGUGCCCUUCUCCGAGCCCCCCGAGUCGAUCAGGUUCUACGUGGAAAAACUGAAGGAGAGUAGAGCCAACUCUCAGCUUGCAAAAGAAUAAACUCGCUAUUUCCAUCACAUCCGCCAGCUUUCUUUUCAUGUUUUUUUUUUUUAAUAUAUAAUGUAAGUGAUGUUACGUGUUAAACUUCAUUGUCCUCUGCAAUUAUGCAAUUGUGUCUAUGAUGUGUACAGAAUACGUGUUUAUGCUAAUAAAUGAUCUGAAGAAUA